GCAGUUGCUCGGCGAAGGUGGAGUUCAGGCAGCACUGCAUGAUGUCAGGAUGGCACCUAUGCUGCCCCCUCUUGGCACGGAGGUCUUUAGACGCUUUACACCUGCUUCACUAGAGGAAAUCCAACAGCGACACGAAGCUGAAGAAAAAGAGCAUCAGAGAAGGAAGGAAAAAAACAUCGAGGUAGCGGAGGAAGAUCUUCCCAAACCAGCAAGUGACCUUGAGGCUGGGAAGCCCCUCCCAUUCAUCUAUGGAGACCCUCCCCCUGGGCUCCUCAACACCCCAUUGGAGGAGCUGGAUCCCUUCUAUCAAUCACACAAGACGUUCAUCGUGCUCAGUAGAGGAAACAUCAUCUACAGGUUUAACGCUGAACCCGCCUGUUUCCUUCUUAGUCCAUUCAGUCGUUUGAGAACCUUCGCCAUCAGGAUACUCAUCCAUUCUUUAUUCAGUUUAUUCAUCAUGAUGACGAUUAUGACAAACUGUGCUUUCAUGACGAUGAGUGAUCCGCCAUCUUGGAGCAAGACUGUGGAAUACGUGUUUACGUUCAUCUACACAUUUGAAGCAACAAUCAAAGUUUUGUCACGAGGAUUCUGUGUCGGAGACUUCACCUUCCUCAGAGACCCCUGGAACUGGCUUGACUUCAUGGUCAUCAGCAUGGCAUAUUUGACAGAGUUCGUAGAUUUGGGAAACGUUUCUGCAUUGCGAACGUUCAGAGUUCUUCGAGCACUGAAGACCAUCACAGUCAUCCCUGGUCUGAAGACGAUUGUUGGAGCUCUCAUCCAAUCAGUGAAGAAGCUGGCUGAUGUCAUGAUCCUGACGGUGUUCUGCCUCAGUGUCUUCGCUUUGAUCGGUCUUCAGCUCUUCAUGGGAAACCUGAGACAAAAGUGUGUCCUGAUACCUCCACUGCUGAGCAACCACUCUCCUGAUGCUGAUCCCAAAAACUUUUACCAUGGCAACAUCACCCUCAGCAACCAAACCUGUCACAAUGACACAGGAACCAGUAACUUUGAUUUCUAUCAGUAUAUCAACAACCAAGAAAAUUAUUACUUUCUUCCUGGAAACGUGGAUCCUCUGCUCUGUGGAAACAGUUCUGAUGCAGGGGUCUGUCCAGAGGGUUUCAUGUGUCUGAAAACAGGUAGAAAUCCAAACUAUGGUUACACCAGCUAUGACUCGUUUGGUUGGGCAUUUCUGGCUCUGUUCAGACUCAUGACCCAGGACUUCUGGGAAAAUCUCUUCCAGCUCACAUUAAGAGCGGCAGGUAAAACCUACAUGAUCUUCUUUGUGGUCGUCAUCUUCCUGGGCUCGUUCUACCUCAUUAACCUGAUCCUGGCGGUGGUUGCAAUGGCGUACGCAGAGCAGAAUGAGGCCACAAUUUCUGAGGCAAAACAUAAAGAGGAGGAGUACGCUGAGAUCCUGGAAGCGCUGAAGAAGAGAGACGAGGAGGCAGCCUGCAGGGCGGAGCUAUCAGAAUCACACAACCCAAAUGCAAUGCAGAGUCAUGACCAAGAACACACUGCCAUAGAAGACUUUGAGGACGACCAGAGGACGUGUCCCGUGUGUUGGUAUGCCUUCGUUGAAGUCUUCUUGAAGUGGAACUGCUGCAGGUGCUGGAGGUGGCUGAAACAGCGGCUCAACACCAUCGUCAUGGACCCGUUUGUUGACCUCAGCAUCACCAUCUGCAUCGUUCUCAACACUGUCUUUAUGGCCUUAGAGCAUUAUCCAAUGACGGAGGAGUUUGAGGAGCUGCUGAGUGUCGGGAACCUGGUCUUCACAGGGAUCUUCACAGCUGAGAUGCUCUUCAAGCUUCUGGCCAUGGACCCAUAUUACUACUUUCAGGUGGGUUGGAACAUCUUUGACAGCAUUAUCGUCACCAUGAGUCUGGUGGAGCUUGGACUGGCUAAUGUUCAGGGCCUGUCUGUGCUGCGCUCAUUCCGAUUGAUGCGAGUCUUUAAGUUGGCCAAGUCAUGGCCCACCCUCAACAUGCUGAUUAAGAUCAUCGGGAACUCUGUGGGAGCUCUGGGGAACCUGACUCUUGUUCUAGCAAUCAUUGUCUUCAUCUUUGCCGUCGUUGGAAUGCAGCUGUUUGGGAAGAACUACAAAGAUUGUGUCUGUCGCAUCGCAGAGGACUGUGAACUUCCUCGUUGGCACAUGAACGACUUUUUCCACGCCUUUCUCAUCAUCUUUAGAGUCCUGUGUGGAGAGUGGAUCGAGACCAUGUGGGACUGCAUGGAGGUCUCCGGUCAGACCAUGUGUCUGAUUGUCUACAUGAUGGUCCUGGUCAUUGGAAACCUAGUGGUCCUAAAUCUGUUCCUGGCCCUGUUGCUUAGCUCGUUCAGUGGAGAUAAUCUGGCAGCUCCAGAAGAUGAAGGUGAAAACAAUUUGCAGAUUGCCAUAAAUCGGAUCAACAGGGCUGUGGUCUGGACCAGGUCAGGGAUCUUGGAGCACAUCUGGACUCUUAUUGGAAAGAAGAACCAUGAACAAGAAAACAACGGAGUUGACAGUGAAGAUGACAACAAGAUCUCAAAGGAGGUUUUACCUUUGACCUUUGUGACUUCAGACCAACAACUGUCAGAGAUCAACAGCCUCAGCUGUAGCCGUGACAACGUGACCAGCAGCUACCACAACAUCACCUUCCUGAGGGUGCCCAUUGCCGAGGCAGAGUCCGAAUCAGAAUCUGAGACACCUGAAAAUGAGGAUCAGGAGGGUGAAGAGGAAGAUAAAGAUAACUAUUCCCAAGUAAACUGGGAGAAGAGCGAGGCAGUGCUGGUCGGGGACAGGCUGAGGGAUCAGCUCAGGCUACCAGGAGGCUUGAUCUGGAAAAAAAAGAAGGGUUUAGUAUCUGGGAGUUUUUCUGGGAAACAAUACUUUUUUAAUGGAAAACUGGGAUCAUUUUCUGUAAAAGCAUCGGUUGGCCUGGGUGGACCCCUCAGCUUCUCUGUUGUCACAAAUCCAGAGUGUUAGUUAAUAUUUUUGGGA